CGGCAUUCUCAUCUCAUUCUGGUGAUAGAUAAGGUGUACACGGUAGCUGCAACUGCAGCUGCAAUUGCAUCCGUACAGUACGUACCCUGGACGUGAGCCUCUCGACCAGGCAACCCACCAGGCCCACAUCGCCCAUCAUUGUACGUUGGCGUUGGGGACGAGGGCAGCAGCAGCGGGCCGGUGCCUUGUCAUGAUGGGACGUCGGCGUCGGAUGCUUGGUGUUUUGCGACGUCUCGUGGUCCUGCCUCGGCGCCGAACCGUCGCGUAUCGCCUAUUUUUUCUUCUUCUUUUUUUCUCCCUUUCUUUUCGUCGUCUUCUCUUUUCGUCUUGCUUUGCUGUGCCGUCGUCGCCGUCGUCGUCGGCUCGGCGCGCGUGGGCAAGCUUAGACCUUGUCAAUCCAAUCCUAAAUUCUUCAAGCGUCUUCAGCACGGGUGGCGGUCGUUUCUCUCGUCCCUUCAAAACGUUGUUCCUCUCCCGGCCGCCAAGUGCAUGCGCUGCGGGAGGGAUCGUGGGGGAGGGGGGGCCGAGCAGAAUGCUGCAAGUCGCAGUCGCAGUCGUCUGUGCUGUGUGGAUGGCGCGUAGAGAGCCCGUCUCUCGUGUCGUGGGUUAGGUAGGCAGGUGCCUGCCAGUGGGCACACUACACACACACUCACACACUCACACUCUCACGCACAACGAUGGCGUUUUAGGUUUUGGCGGUUACCUUUAGGCAGGCUAAAAUAAUUUGUGCUGUCGAUCGACGACAACCUGGCCUUCUACGGGAACACAAGGACGGGACGGGAACACAGGCACAAGCACAGGUACUGACACGGACAGACACUGGCCAAAUUAGAGCGCCAUCGCUGGGGCCGAAAUGCGCUGAGCGCGC